GUGCAGACACGCAUGCGUGGUUGUCGACGGUGACGGCGGCCAUCAUGGCGGUGUGUGGCGCGGCGGCCGGAGCGGGAGGAGGAAAGCGCUGGUACUUCACCCGGGACCAGCUGGCGCGGAGCCCUUCCCGGCGGGCGGGGGUCGACCCAGACAAGGAGUUGUCGUACCGGCAGCAGGCGGCUAACCUCCUUCAGGACAUGGGCCAGCGCCUCAAUGUAUCUCAACUGACUAUCAACACUGCUAUUGUCUAUAUGCAUCGGUUUUACAUGGUUCAGUCCUUUACCCAGUUUCAUCGGAAUUCUGUAGCACCAGCUGCCCUUUUCCUGGCUGCCAAGGUGGAGGAACAACCUCGAAAGUUGGAGCAUGUCAUCAAGGUUGCCCAUGCCUGUCUACAUCCUCAAGAGCCCCUUCCCGAUACACGGAGUGAUGCUUACCUGCAACAAGCCCAAGACCUGGUCAUUCUAGAGAGCAUAAUACUGCAGACCCUGGGGUUUGAGAUCACAAUAGAUCAUCCUCACACACACGUGGUGAAGUGCACACAACUAGUUAGAGCCAGUAAGGAUUUGGCACAGACCUCUUACUUCAUGGCUACCAACAGCCUUCACCUAACCACCUUCAGCCUGCAGUACACCCCUCCCGUUGUGGCCUGCGUCUGCAUCCACUUGGCCUGUAAGUGGUCCAACUGGGAGAUCCCAGUAUCCACGGACGGGAAGCACUGGUGGGAGUACGUUGAUGGCACUGUAACUCUGGAACUCUUGGAUGAGUUAACACAUGAAUUCCUGCAGAUCCUUGAGAAGACACCUAACCGAUUGAAACGAAUAAGGAACUGGCGGGCCUGCCAAGCAGCCAAGAAAUCGAAGACGGAUGACCAAGGUGAUGAUGACUGCCUCUCUGAACAGACCAUCCUCAGCAUGAUCUCCAGAAGUGCAUCUGACACAACCAUUGCAGGCCUGAUGAGCAUGUCGACUUCCUCCACUGCAGGAGCCAUGGCAUCUCUUCCAGCGACAGCAGGGGAUUCUCCAGGGGAUUUCGGCAGCACAGAUAUGAUGUCAGCAGACAACUGGAUGGCUCAGCAUCCUCCACAUAAACUGGAUGUCAGCCACCGAGCAAGUGAAAUAUCUGCCAGCUCUGAACUCUCACACCAUGAAAGCAGCAGUGGCUCCUUCUCUAAGCAGAGCAUUAAGAGUGCACCAAUAGCAAAAGUGUCAUUGAAGGAGUACCGCGCCAAACAUGCUGAGGAGCUGGCUGCACAGAAACGCCAGCUGGAGAACAUGGAGGCAAAUGUGCGUUCUCAGUAUGCCUACGCUGCCCAAAACCUACUGGUGCAGCAGCAGCGGGAACGAGAUGUUCAGCAAGAGAAUAACCCAUCUCCCAUCAUCUUAAAAAUCCCUUUGGGCAGCAGUUCUGAUGGGUCUGAGCGCCCCCCUGCUGAAAAGGCUGACAAACCUUCUUCUGCUCUGAAAAUGCGGCUGCCAGCACCAGGGGAUAAACCUGCACUUUCUUCCUCCAAGCCAGAGGAAAUAAAAAUGCGCAUCAAGGUCCCCACGACUCCCUUGGAUCGGCACGGUGCAUCUGAGGAAAGUAGUAACAAGGGCCGGGGAGACCAUAAAGACAAACAUAAGGUCCACUCUUCUAACCAUCACCAUCACCAUAACCACCAUUCCCAUAAACAUUCACAUGCCCAGCCUGUCACCAGCGCCAAGCGUCCAGGGGACUCCAAGCAUACUAGUCAGAGUGGUAUUGCCUCCCACAAAGUUGGCUGUGUCCCAACCACUUCCUCCCGUAAGAGACCACUUUCUGAGGAGGCCUCAACUGUGGCCCAUGAACAUCAGCCCAAAGUCAGUAAGAGUUCAAAAGGGCCAGCAAUGCCAUUUCCCUUCCCGCAGCAUCCUGGACACAGCUUGGAUGCAGCUGGGCUGCCUUUUGCACAAGGCAACAAAGGCAGAGGGGCUCAUGGAAAACUGGACAAGAGCACUUCUGGGGCCAAUGGGCAUAACAUGAACCAAACCAUUGAUUACCAGGAUACAGUGAACAUGCUGCACUCCCUGCUCAGUGCACAGGGUAUGCAGCCCACUCAGCCACCCACCUUUGACUUUGUACACUCAUAUGGGGAAUACUUGAAUCCCAGGGCUGCUGCGAGUGUGGAUAAGCCACGACCUCCUCCUUUGCCCUCAGAACCUCCCCCUCCCCUGCCGCCUCUUCCCAAGUGAUUGCCCCUUUUAACUACUGAGGUUAGGCUGUCGUCUCCUGAAGGCAGGUUGCUCAUAGUGAUAUCCACUGCCUUGUGUGAAUGCCCUCCCUUUUAAAAAAUGUUUUUAUUAUUGUUACCAGAAUGUGGAGCCCUCUGAAGCUGUGAAGAGGCAUGCCCAUCUUUCUCUGUGUGCUUCCCCCACAACCCCUUCUUGUCCAGCUGGAAAGAGAUGAGUAUCUUUCCUGUCAAACUGAUCUGUAGUUGAGGGGAAUAUAUUUGAAGGUCUUGAACAACUGGAGAUGGCACAGGGCUAUUUAAAUUGCCGCAGUCUUUCUUCUAAAAGACAUUUUAAAAUAAUUUAAAA